CUUUCUCUCUUCGCAUUAAAUAAAUACAAAAAGAAUCUCUCUUUCGAAUUUCAAUUUCUCUCGAAAAUACGUAUUUUAUAUACGGCGGGUUUAGUCAGCUGAUCAGGCGGAGGAGCUGCUGGUGGUGGUAGUAGUGGUGGUAGUAGUGGUGGUUCGACCGUCGAUCAGAUCGUGAUCCGAUGGCUGAAGACAAGUACAACCUCAAGAAUCCGGCGGUGAAGAGGAUUUUACAAGAGGUUAAGGAGAUGCAAUCCAACCCUUCCGAUGAUUUCAUGAGCCUUCCUCUCGAGGAGAAUAUAUUUGAAUGGCAAUUUGCAAUUAGGGGUCCCAGGGAAUCUGAAUUUGAAGGAGGGAUUUAUCAUGGAAGGAUUCAAUUGCCUGCAGAGUAUCCAUUUAAGCCCCCUUCGUUCAUGUUGCUGACUCCAAACGGGCGUUUUGAAACCCAGACUAAGAUUUGCUUAAGUAUUUCUAAUCACCAUCCGGAGCACUGGCAGCCAUCUUGGAGUGUGCGGACUGCUCUAGUGGCACUGAUUGCUUUUAUGCCCACCAGCCCAAAUGGUGCCUUGGGUUCUCUAGACUAUAAGAAGGAAGAGAGACGUGCCCUUGCCAUCAAAUCUCGUGAAGCACCCCCUAAAUUUGGGAAUCCUGAACGCCAAAAACUUAUUGAUGAGAUUCAUGAAUAUAUGUUAAGCAAGGCGCCACCCGUUCCUCAACUCAGUCCUUCACAGGCCUUAGAAGAACAACCUAUGGACAUGGAUGGAGUAACUCAGGCUAGUCAGCAAGAUUCUGUGAGCAUGGCUGCUGGGGAUGGGCUCCCAAAUCAUGCAGUAGGUGACAGGGUUGUCGAAGAAGAGCCUGUGGCUCCAGCCAAUGCUAAUCCUGCUCCUGCUGAAAUCAGGGUCGUGAGAGAGGCUCCUGCCAGGGGACCAAAUAAUCAGCCGCUGCAAGGGCCAGAGAUGAGGGUUCAAAAAUCUGCUGACGAUCGCUUGUUUACAUGGGCUGCUGUUGGACUUAGCAUUGCAAUUUUGGUUCUUUUGUUGAAGAAGUUUUUGAAAUCUAGUGGACAUGGUGCUGUUUUCAUGGAUGGGUCAUAGAUCCAGCGAGGAUCUACUAUGUCCUGUACUUCGCGCUGACAGAUUGGUUCGAGAAGAAACAGGAAUCUAUCAAGAUUUUUAUUUACAUCUAGAGUGGAUCGAUUUGUAAUAUAGUAUGCCAUCUUGAAAAUAUUAGCUAUCGUAAGUAAUGGUAUAUGUCAGCAAUCAAUUAUCAUAUGUAAGCAUGAUUAAUACACUUAUAAUUUUGAUUAUUCAUUGCUUGGUGAAA